GCCGCCGGCUCACUUUCGUGACGUAGUCCACGCCGUGCGGGGAACAUGGCUAUUUUAAUGAGGGGUGUGCGGUGGCCCACGCGACCGAUGCUGCUGGUGGCCCAGACUUGGGACCUGAACGCCCGACGCUGGGUCCGGGCGCUGCGGCGGAGCCCGGUGAAAGUGUUGUUUCCAUCCGGACCGGCGGCGGAACGGAAGCCUGGGCCCGGGAAGCACCCGGGGAAGGCGGCGGCCGAGGGCAGCCCCCACGCGCCGCGAGUGCAGCGGGCGCCGGAGCAGCGGCCGCCUCAGGCGCCUGCGUUUCGGAAGCCCAGCACUUGGGAAGAGUCCGGGCUUCGCUACGACAAGGCUUUACCUGGGGACAGAAGGCUGAGCACUGUAAUGACCAUAGUUAAGUCCAGGCCGUUUCGGGAAAAGCAGGGGAAGAUCCUGCUGGAAGGUCGCAGGCUGAUUGCAGACGCUCUCAAGGCUGGUGCUGUGCCCCAAGUUUUCUUCUUUAGCCGCGUGGAGUACCUGAAGGAGCUGCCCAUUGAUAAGCUGAAAGGGGUCAGCCUCAUUAAGGUGAAAUUUGAGGAUAUCAAGGAUUGGUCCGACCUAGUAACACCACAAGGAAUAAUGGGGAUUUUUGCCAGACCCGACUAUGUUAAGAUGACGUUCCCAGAGACUCAGCUUCACCAUUCACUGCCCUUGUUGCUGAUUUGUGACAAUCUCCGUGACCCUGGGAACCUGGGGACGAUUCUGAGAUCUGCUGCUGGGGCGGGCUGCAGCAAAGUCUUACUCACCAAAGGCUGUGUGGAUGCCUGGGAGCCCAAAGUGCUGCGGGCGGGAAUGGGUGCGCAUUUCCAGGUGCCUGUCAUCAACAACCUGGACUGGGAGUCGGUGCCCAGUUACUUGCCUCCCGAGACCCGUGUCUACGUGGCAGACAACUGUGGCCUUUGUGCUCAGGCCCAGAUCUCUAAGAAAGCCAGUGACCACGGCUGGAUGUGUGACCGACAACUCUCAAAGUUGCACAAGUAUGAGGAAGAGGAGGAGGAGGUUCUAGAAACUGGAGCUGGUAAAGGCUGGCUCCCUGAACUUGAGGUCCAGAGUUACGACUUGGACUGGGCAGAGGCACCAGCAGCCGUGGUCAUAGGGGGGGAGACCCACGGCGUGAGCCUGGAGUCCCUGCAGCUGGCUGAGAGCACCGGGGGCAAGCGGCUACUGAUCCCUGUUGUGCCGGGUGUGGACAGCCUAAACUCGGCCAUGGCCGCCAGCAUCCUGCUGUUCGAAGCGAAGAGACAGCUGCGGUUAAGGGCGGACCCUUAAGCAGAGACAGGAGUUGCCACUGAGAAGGGACGUGUAAGUCAUCCUUCAUUUGAGGUUGUCUCCAGCUCCUCCUGCAGAAUUAGUAAUGGUGGCUCCCCAGCAGGUAGGCACAGUGCUGUUGGUUCCUGGAAAAGUAAUUUCCCUUAAAGGAUUUCUGCCUAUUCUCAAAGAUCAGAAUUCUUCUGAGAUCUCCCAUCUCCCGAUUUUUUAUGUAGAUGUAAUGGCCCCAGGUGAGGGCCCUCAGUAGCUAGUUGUUCUUGCGGCUCACUGUGUCCGCCUGUGCAGUUGUUCGCGCAGGCCCCGACAGCUACUGUGUACUGUGACGCGGUACCCCUGUUCCUGGUGAUACGGCUGGUAGAAGCAACUGGGUCCAUCAGGUGGUGGUACGUGUUCUUAGCACCUCUGCAGAUGUCUUUUUUGAGGACUCUUUGUGGAGGAAAGGAGGACAACAGUUUUACAAUCUUCAGCUUAACCCUGCAUCUGUCGGGAAAACUACCCCUUUUACUCACUUCCUGAACACUUGGUUAAACGUGGUGACUGGAGUUACUUAUGUUAAGCCUCUUUCCUGCACGGGGAACAGAACUGCUUAGGAAAAUGCCAGUGUUCCUGAGGGUGUGAACUUGGAACUCUUGGGCCCACAACACUGCAGUAGGACCCUGCUGUUCUGUCAAACCCUCAGGGGACAAGAACUAGCCAGAUCCUCACUUACCAGGGGAAGCUGGGUAUAGCCUGGAACACGAGGGCAGAUGCAGAUAGUAAUCACUGUAUUUAAGGUCACUGUGUGGAGGGCCAGCAGGACUGAAGUAGGGGGCCUACUGCAAGCGGUGCCUUUGCAGGUGUGGAGAAUGCGGUUGGAGUCACGGAUAACGAAGGACACCAGUGGUGUUUUCCCGCAUCCCUUCUGUGCAGUGGCUCCUGUCAGGGUUCCGUGGGAGCCCUUCCGCUGCUCAAUCUGGGGAGGCUGAGUUGCCGGCAUGCCCGAGAGGAGCUGUGAUCCCCCUUCUGUGGCUGCCCCAGGUCCUGGUUGAACUUCCUCCAUCCCCAAGUGGCAGGGUGGAAUUGCUUUGGUGUGUUUGAGGGGAGGGGUUUUUGCAGGAACAGUCUGGUUAGCCUAUGCUCUCCCAGGCUGAGGGGCCAGAACUGCUGCCCUGCUGCCCCUCCGCUCCAGUCUGGGCCUGCCUGGGGCCCCAUACAAAUGUCCCAUGCACGUGGCCCACAGAUUGACUGUCAGCUUUUAGAGGGCAGAUGAGCCCCUAAAGGCUGGGCCCAGUCUGCUGGCCAUACUGCCCAUCACCCCAGCAGGCUAAGUCUGGGAGGCAGCCCAGAAAACUGCCACUCCUCUGUUGAUGUUUGGUCUCAGCACCUUGGCAAAGUGCUCCAGAAACAAAUCACUGAAAGGAAGGUGGUGCUCAGCAUGAAACCAACCUGCAGUUUCUGUCCCUGCGUCACUGUUCCUGCUGAUUUUUGUUACAAAAUAAAAAUCAGUGAAAGAAACAACAAA